AUGACGAUUCCACCUGCAAAAGGGGAGAUCGGGGGUGGUGCCCAAUUUCUUUCUCCAACACUCAAGUUGGUCUGCCUUUCGGGAAAUACCUGCCGCAGGAAGGAGCAAGCGUACUGGAAAUCUCCACCGUCUGGCUGGUUGAAAGCAAACGUGGACGGUAGUUCGUUGAGGAAUCCAGAAAAGGCUGGAGCAGGAGGACUUAUAAAAGAUGAGGGAGGCGACUGGGUGGUCCUUUUCUCAGCCUACGUCAGCUUCGAGACAGCCUUCCAAGUGGAGCUGUAUGGGAUCAAGCACGGACUGAGCCUCGUGCUCGACUACGUAGUAGGAAUCGAAGUCGAAGGCAUCAUCACUGAGUCAGAUUCAUUGACAGCAGUUGACAUGAUUAAUGGAUGGAAGGAUCAUCCUAAUUACUUAGGAAGAUCCCCGAAGAUCCAGAGUGCGAGGCACUGCUUGAGAAGAUUAAGAAACUUCUCGAAUGAGUUGAGAGUAUCUGCAAACUCCGACUUCAACAUACAUUCCGAGAGGCAAAUCACUCCGCGGAUAUUCUGGCAAAGAUCCAAAAGGAGCUUCCACGGGAACUGGAAACGCAGCUGGCCCCUGAUUGAUAUGUGGAGGGGCUUCAUCAGCAUUGCCCUUGUUGCCAUCGUCAGAGCUUCCCAUUUUGGGUCGUAG